AUGGCAUCAACCUCCUCAAUCGUAGCCUACGGCUGGGAAGCCGUCCCUUCAGACCUCAAAACGCUAUUGAAGAAACACUCUGAGUCGUCAGGCGCCGCACCCACAUACGACAUCUCCUCGCUCUCACCCCCAGACACGAAAUUAGCGAAAGCAGUCUUUGAAUAUGCUCAGAAAGAAUUGCCGAGAGAGACGUUGCAUCAUUCGAUGAGGGUGUGGUACUACGGCAUCGCAAUCCUAACCCACACCUUCCCAACCUGGCUCUCCCCCUCCUUCCUAGAAACAUACUACCUCACAACCCUCCUCCACGACAUCGGCACCGCGCCUCACAACAUAAGCAGCACACACCUCUCCUUCGAAUUCCACGGCGGAUUCCUAACCCACUCCCUGCUCUCCUCACACUCCACACCAACCCCCCAAACCGAAUCCGUCGUCGAAUCCAUAAUCCGGCAUCAAGACCUCGGUUCGGUGGGAAAACUGUCUCGGAUGGGCGCGAUCACACAGUUAGCCACGAUAUUCGAUAAUAUGGGCGAGAACCCCGAACUGGUGAGUAAGGGGACGAUUGAGAAUGUGGUGAAGGAGUGGCCGAGACUGGGGUGGAGUGGGUGUUUUGCGGCGACGAUUAGGAGGGAGUUGGAGUUGAAGCCGUGGGCGCAUACGUCGCAUCUGGGGGAGAAUGCGUUUCCGGAGGGGGUGGAGGGGAAUGAGUUGAUGAAGCCUUAUGAUCAGACGGGGUUGUAG